AUGACAUUUUGGUGCAUGUUCAUAUCUACGCGUGGGCCCGAGUACACUGUUCACAUCCGCACGGCGCUGCCCAUGGGCAUCCCCACGGUGAUACAUGAGCACAGAGUGUGUGCACGCGUGGUGCUCCCCGUGCCCACACCCAUCCACCGGCUGUGGAUGCUCAUGUGUGCACACCGCAUGCGCACACGUGUGUGCCCACGAUGGAUGAAGGUGCCCGAGUGUGCCCCGGGGUGUGUGUGUGAGCCCGUGUGUGCCCCGAGACGGAUGCGGGUGCCCGAGUGUGCCCCGGGGUGUGUGUGUGAGCCCGUGUGUGCCCCGAGACGGAUGCGGGUGCCCGAGUGUGCCCCGGGGUGUGUGUGUGAGCCCGUGUGUGCCCCGAGACGGAUGCGGGUGCCCGAGUGUGCCCCGGGGUGUGUGUGUGAGCCCGUGUGUACCCCGAGACGGAUGAAGGUGCCCGUGUGCGCCCCAAGAAGCUCUACUCGCCCCCCGACCCUCUCCCGGGAGCCCCGGGGUCGCCGCCCCCCCGCGGGGUUGAGCGGAGCCGGCGCUGCCACCCCCUCAGCCCAGGACACAGCCGGGGGUGCCCGGGGGGUCCCCCGGGGGGGGAGUCCCGUCCCCCCCCCGCCCACGGAGCGCCUCCCCGGGCGGGGCCGGCAGCGCUAUAAGGGGCGGCGGCGGCGGUACCGGCCGCGCUAUGGGGAGCGGGUGCCGCUGGUGCUGCGGCGCGGCCCGGGGCGGGUGGGCUACCUGCCGGCCCCCGGGCUGAGCCGCGGGGAGGCCGCUCGCCGCGCCCGCCGCGCCCGCCGGCCCGGUGCCCUCCCGCCGCCCUACCCCAACGGCUGGUACCGCCUGCUCGACUCCGCGCAGCUGCCCCGCGGAGCCGUCCGCAGCCUCUCCCUGCUCGGAGAACAGCUCGCUGUGUUUCGCACCCAGGAUGGCCAAGCCCAUGUGGUGGACACUUACUGCCCUCACCUCGGGGCUAACCUUGCUGCCGGCGGGCGCGUCGUGGGCAACUGCAUCGAGUGCCCCUUUCACGGCUGGCAGUUUCGAGGAGAGGACGGAAAAUGCACCCGCAUCCCCUACGCUGAAAAAGUGCCGGAUUUUGCCAGGGUGCAGACCUGGCCAUCCUGCGAGGUGAACGGGAUGCUGCUGGUCUGGUACCACUGCGAAGGGGCUGGUCCCACGUGGGCAGUGCCCAAGCAGCGGGAGGUGGCCACCAAGGAGUGGGUGUUCCGAGGCCAGACGGAGCACUUGGUGGAUGCCCACAUCCAGGAAAUCCCCGAAAAUGCGGCUGACACAGCUCACCUGGCUUUCGUCCAUGGACCAGCAAUUCUGGGUGGAUCCGAUCUGAGAUACACAAGGUCCAAGCUGUGGGAUUUUAUGAAGCACAUCUGGAAGGCGGAGUGGCAGCCGGAGCCGGAGCCCAACCAGCAUUGCUCCCGGCUGCUGCUUCAACACACCGCAACCAUCUUCGGGAAGCACGUCUCCUUGAUGGAUUUGACAGUUUCAGCCAGGCAGGUGGGGCCAGGGCUGGUUUUCCUGCUCUUCGAACAUGCUUUCCUGGGCCGUGGGAUCAUCCUGCAGACAGUGACACCCCUGGAGCCUCUCCUACAGAACGUCGUCCACACAAUCUACUACCAGAAGAACAUGCCGGCCAUAAUCCCCAAGUUCAUCCUGAGAGCAGAAUGUAUACAGUUUGAGCGCGAUAUAACCAUCUGGAAUAACAAACGGUAUCUGCCCAAGCCUCUGCUGGUCAGAGAGGACUCCACCAUCCAGAAGCACCGGCGCUGGUUCGCCCAGUUCUACAGCGAGAAGAGCAUGAGGGUCCCGGCGCAGAAGGAGGGCCUGGACUGGUGAGGACCUCCCUGCCCACUGCAGAGGGUGGCCAGAGGUUCUCAGGUGGCUCCUACCACCCUGGCUGGUGGGCAGUGGUGCUGGGCAGGCAUGAUCAAAUAUUGGCCCUGGGCAGGAGCCUGAGCCCUGGGAAUCCUCUUACUCCUUUCUUACUCAGGGCAUCAAAGCUCAAAGGGUGCAACACCUUCUACAGGCAACGUAAAAGCUGAGCAUGAACUUAAGAUUGCCAGAACUGCCUUCAAAUUGCCUUUGUCUCUUGCUGCUGCUAUUUUGAGUAGUUAUAUGAAAAACUUUCCAUGGUGGCCUUUUAUUGCCAGAAGUGUCCUUUCCCAUCCAGACCGUUGUGGCUUCUGGACCGUCCCCUUGGCUGGACCAAGCUUCAGCUCUCCAGGGGAGCCUUGGCCAAUGUCUGCAUGGCAUCAGGAGGAUGAUUGCAAAGCCCACAGACACUUCCCUCUGGCAACAGGCAGGGCAGCAGGGGUUUUGGCUGCCCACCAUGUCCUUAGUAUUCUUCUAGGCUUCCUCGAGCCUACCGAGAUCUUGUAUGAGCCAAUUCCUUAUGGAGCUAUUGCACUUCAUUGAGAAGAAGAGGGACUACUCUGGUGACCAAAUCACUUAAACUGACAACAACUUGGCAGGUCAAGGAUGUGAAUAAGAUCCUGUUUUGAUAGCUCCUGGAUUCCAACAAUACCUUGGGUACAUGGUUGGCUGUAAAAAUUUGUCUCAUGGCAAGAACAUGGCUGUCACUUCCAGACACUGUGAUCAGAAACGAGGCUCACACAUGGAGACUAGGCUGCAACUCUGAUGAAAAUUGGUUGAAAUUCUCCUGCGCUUUGUGCCUACGUGCUCUGUACUGAAGGGUUAAAUUCUGCCUUGCUGCAUUCUCUAGAGAAACCUGUAAUCCAUAGGCCUGGGAUAGUUCUCAGGACUCUGGCAGUUACUCUCUGCCAAGAGCCAGCAAGACCAAAUGCUCAAAUCCAGCUUUCCAAGGAAGCUUGAGCUGCUGCUCUCAUGCCUGUGCCUUGUCAUCUAUGCACUUUGCUGAGGCUUCUGGUGCCUCCUUCACCAUUAACCCAUAGAGCAGGACCAGGAGCAGGAACAUCACCUGCCCCAACAGCAUCCCAGAUAACCCUGUGCA